AUGUAUGUACAUGUACUGAUGAGUCAAAGUUUCAAUUGUUUGUAAAUAUCUUGUAAAUAUCUUUUGACUGCACGAAAUAAUACAAAGUCCAGUCGGAAUGAUCACUUGUUUUCACAUGUGAAUUGUAACUUCAUAAACUUUUAACCGCGUAUUGCGACCAUGAUUUUAUUCAGACAAUAACCAACGUUAUAGACUCGAGAGUUUCAUCCUCUUAUAAUAAUAAAUUUCCCAAACCAGAUUUUCCAUUGUCAUACAGUUUCUUUCAAUAUCUAUUAAUUGCCAAAAAUAUCACGUUUGCUGGUACGUCAUGUUAUUUCUAUUCGCAUAAAUUUAACACCAUGGCCUUUUUGUAAUAUCAUAUAAAUUGUAUAAUAGGUUAUGUACAUGACAUUUCUAUUGAUAAAUUUAGUGAAUGUAAUUAAAAGUCAAUGUUACAUAUAAAUCUAUGCCUGCAUCAAAACCGAAGAUGUAUAAAGUUACAUACAAAAUUAAAAUUGACAUAUUUGUAGGAAAACGAUAUAUGUGCGUGAUUCAAAAUGUUUAUGGCUAAUAUAUUCUAAGAGUACAUGGACAACAUAAAAUUAAAGGAGCAUAAUGUCACCGUCAUUAGCAACCACACCACGGAAGUUACCAAUUUUUGUGCUUCCACAAAAUAUUACAUUUUAUUUAGAUGAUCAAUCUACUCACAAACAAGUACUAACUUUGUACAAUCUAUAUGACUUUCCCAUGAAGUUUAAAGUUUUGUGUACCGCACCGAACAAAUAUCAAGUUGUUGAUCCGGAAGGUAUAAUAAAAGCCAAGUCUUGCGUUGACAUUGUUAUCCGACAUACAGCGUUGUUGGCAAGUAAUUGCAAUGUCGUCGACAAAUUCAGGAUACACAUGCAAGAAUAUCCUACCAAACAGAUAAUCGGCAAGAGGGACGUGGAAGCUAAACUUCUCUCAGGAGUAACAGAUGCAGCUGGGAGAUCGACACCAGAUCCGGACAUGUUUCAGCAACUUCCGAUCAAUGAAAACAGGCAGCAGCAAUCCUACGAGCUCAUAAGUCGAAAUAAAACGUUGAAUAGAGGUACGAAUUAUGUAGCACUUAUCGCAGGAAUUAUAUGCAUAGUUGGACUGUUAUUGCCUACUGAGGGAGAUCAGAGCCAAAGGUUGCCGGAUUACCUCCAUCUUUCUGUGAAUUUUAAAUUAAUUUUCUCAUUUGUCCUAGGUAUGGUUGCAAAUAUUGUCUUAGGUUUAUAAAACCUCAAUUUUAUGUAUAUAUAAAUUUAUAUAUAAAUUAUAUAUAUAUAGGUAUAUAUAUAAAAGAGAACUUUUUGUACACAGGUAGAAUCUUAAGGUAAAAGCAAUUAAUACAAGACCUGUUUGUGUUGGGCCUCCUUUUUUUAUAAAAUAUACUUGACUCUAGUCUAUAAAUGAUAAUUAUCAAGAUUAAUCGACCAAAAUAAUAUAAUAUCUUUGUGUUGUAAUUAUUAUAUUAUAAUCGUACUUUUACGCUGAGAAAUGUUUCGGGACAUUUCUCUGUGCGAACGUAUCCUGGCUCGUGAAUUGUAUAUUUCUAGGCCUAUUAGAAACUAAUAUAAUACCAUCGUUCAAAUCACGAAUUUAUGUACAUAUAUUGAAAGAAUGCUUUAUACAGAUAGACGAACGGAUUAUGCACUCACGAACAAGUUGUGUAUCCUUUAUACAGUGUAAUGCGAGAAAUAAUGUAAGGUUACUUAUGUUCGCUUUGCUUUGACUUGGAAAUCUUGAUGCUACAUGAUAGAAUGAUUGUGAUAUAUUUUUCUAUUCGUAACAAUUACAUAUAUAGAUUCUGUGAAUGAUAUGAUCUCAUGUACAGCUAGAUAAGUCUUCCUGUAUAAAGUCAGCUUGAAUUCUAAAUAUUAAAAAUGUCCGCAAGUGAGUGACAACACUUGUCACUUCCGUUUUUCUCAUCCGUUAUUUAUGAUAAUUUUAUAUACAACACCCUAUGUACAAUACAAUGAUAAAAUAAAACUUUGGAUUGAAAAUAAUGGUCUGCAGAAAACUGCCGUGUAAACUUGAAAA